GGUUUGGCUUGAACGAGCCAAGACUUGAGCAACACGCAUCGCGCAGUCACCACUCUCGUCGCGCAUCGAACCCCCUACGCUACGCCCGCCACCCCACUCCCAAGCCGCACCAACUAGACUCAUCCGCCAUGUCUACAUCAGCCUCUGCACCCGGAUACGUGCAGGAGCCGCCUGCGUACGGCGCCGCACCCUCUCCGCCUGCGCACAAAACGACGCACGCCGGCAGAUACCAGUCGGUCCCGCAGGACGACGAGGAGGCUGCGGCUGCGCGUGCCUUUGUAGGCAGCGACGAGGAGGACGUCGGACGGCCGUUUGGCGUCGGCCUGCCGGUGGCCGAGCAGGACGCUACCAUACGCUCAGCAUUCAUCAAGAAGGUCUACUCGAUCCUCUUCCUGCAGCUGCUGCUCACCACCGUCGUGUCCGCCGUGCUAUCGACGCAGAAUAUCAGCGCGUGGGUGCACACGCACCAGUGGGCGUUCAUCAUCCCGCUCAUCGGCUCCUUUGUGUCGAUGUUCGUGCUCUUCUGGAAGCGUCACUCGCACCCACUCAACCUCAUCCUCCUCGCGCUCUUCACUACGCUCGAAGGCCUCAGCAUCGGCGUUAUCGUCAGCUACAUCGACCAGACUGUCGUCCUGCAGGCGCUCAUCAUCACCCUCUUCACCUUUGCUGGCUUGACGUUCUUCACUCUCUACACCGACUGGGACUUUGGCAAGCUCGCACCAUACCUUUUCGGCGGCCUCCUCCUCCUCGUGGGCGUGGGCUUCGUGCAGAUGCUCAUCCCCUUCUCCCGUUCUACCGACUUGGUCUUCGCAGCGGGCGGCUGCCUCAUCUUCAGCGGCUACAUCGUCUACGAUACGUGGCUCAUCACCAAGCGCCUCAGCCCCGAUGAAUGGGUGCUCGCCAACAUCUCGCUCUACCUCGAUAUCAUCAACCUCUUCAUCAACAUCCUCAGGAUCCUCAAUGGCAAUCGCGAUGAUUAAAGCCCUAUCUAACUGCUCGUACUCGCGCCUCAACUCGGUUCAUUUUCUGUAAAAUCUCCGCAUGUACCAUAGCAUCAUUGCAUCCAACUUGAACAUCACGUGUGCGUACAAGAAGACAUCAUCCUCAC